AUGGGGUGGCGGCGGCGGGGGGCGCUGCCGGAGCCGGCGGGCGGCUGCUCCUGCUGCCUGGCGGCGGCGCUGCCGCUGCUGCUGCUGCUGCUGCCCGCCGGGUGUCCGGUGCGGGCGCAGAACGACACGGAGCCCAUCGUCCUGGAGGGGAAGUGCCUGGUGGUCUGCGACUCCAGCCCCUCGGCCGACGGCGCCAUCACCUCCUCCCUGGGGAUCUCGGUGCGCUCGGGCAGCGCCAAGGUGGCCUUCUCGGCCACCCGCAGCACCAACCACGAGCCCUCCGAGAUGAGCAACCGCACCAUGACCAUCUACUUCGACCAGGUAUUAGUUAAUAUUGGCAACCAUUUUGAUCUUGCUUCCAGUAUAUUUGUAGCUCCAAGAAAAGGGAUAUAUAGUUUCAGUUUCCACGUGGUCAAGGUCUAUAACAGACAAACCAUCCAGGUAAGUUUAAUGCAAAACGGCUACCCAGUGAUUUCAGCUUUUGCAGGAGAUCAGGACGUCACCAGAGAAGCAGCCAGCAAUGGGGUCUUGCUCCUCAUGGAAAGAGAAGACAAAGUGCAUCUCAAACUGGAAAGGGGUAACCUCAUGGGAGGGUGGAAAUAUUCAACCUUUUCCGGCUUCUUAGUCUUUCCACUAUAAAAGAAGGCCAAAUAGGAGACAGAUCUAUGAGCCGGAAUGAGGAUUCAAUUGUUAAUGACACCCUGAACUUGGCAGCACAUGACAAUAUUUUCAGUCACCCCGUCAGACUGUCACAGUAGAAGAAUGAUAACCUUCUAAACUUCAACAUUUGCUCUGAAUAUUGACAAUUCCUUGGAACCUGCGCCUCUAAUUAGUUUUAGACAACAGUGAUCUUUAGGAAAAAUGAAAUUAUCGACCUGACCAAUUUGUACCUGUGAUUGUAAAGUCAAUUUUGGAUUUUAUUGUUGGGAUCAUUGACUUUCUUAAUUUUUUUUAUUAUUUCCUCUCUUUCAUUUUUCCUCUUUUUCUUUCUCUUGUUGUUGUCCCAAUGAAGCAAAUAACUCGGACCACAGAAUUGCUUUGUCAAAGGCUCACUCCAGAGCCAGAAGAAUGGAGUGUUCAGCCCAAUGAGGUGUUCUUUCCAUGCUUUAUUUCUUUGUGUUGUAUAGCCUUAAGGAAAAAAGAAAAAAAAAAAAAAAAAGAAAAGAAAAAAAAGGAAAAAAAAAAAAAAAAAAAAUGGCUUCAGUCUCAGUCCUGUAUUUUUCUGGGGGAGGGGGAUUUUGGACAUUACUGUGUCAAGAAGUGCUUUAUCCAGUGAAGCAAAAUUUGCACGAUCGGAACCUUAUUUGUGUUGUUCGUGUUUUUCAUCAGCUUUUUUAUUUUUCCUGGUUUUUGUUUGUGUGUGCUAAAAAUGUAAGCUAGAUUGAUCAAUAAGACAAAACAAAGCACAUAUAUACCCUGUAGCUCUAAGUAAAUCUAACCAGUGAACAAUUCUGUCUGCACUUUCCAGCUGAUCUUUAUAUACCUAUUUAGAGAGAGAGAAAGAGAGAGAAAGAGUGAGAGAGCUACAUGAUCCUUCAGUUACAAUCUGGAAACUGGUAAAGGAACUGACAUUUCUGAAUUGUCCUGACAUUUCUAGAAGCAACAGUGGAGUCUUUGAAUAUCUUCUCUGACCAUACCCUAAAAUAUAUCCUUUCUUUGCAUUCCCAUAUUUUGGGUGCUUUUAUCUGAUAUUUAUUUGAUAUAUUUGUCCACUAAUAUUUGAGUACACAUUGUGGGAGCACAGAGAGAUGGCAGAGCAAAUUCAUCCUCUUCCAAAUUAAAUAAAACCGUCUCCACUUGAGCUGUCCGUGGCAAGUAUCAGAGGAAUAGACACGAGCAUCUUUGACAGCCUUGGGGAGAGAGGCCUCAGCGGGAGAGGAGCCUCAGAGGAUCAACAGACACUUCAGAAGUUGGCACAGGCACCAUGAAUAUAUUUACUGGGUCUGUUCUUCCCAACACAAAUGGCCUCACAGUUCUAGGGGUGGACUGACAUCGAUACUGAACACUGGGAAAAUUAUCCCAAUCAACGAGAGGUAAAAUAUCAGGCCAAUGUCAAUUGUCGCCUUUUGCCUCAUGCUCAAUAAACAGAUAUUGUUUCUUUAUUUUGUUGUUGGUUUUUUUGGGUGGUUUUUUUUUUUUUUCCGUUGUUUUUUCAGGUUUUUAAAGAGUGGUGUACUAGACAAUGUUCUGUAGAAAACCUUGUUUGAGGAGACCCAGGAAGAAUGUUUAUUUUAUUUUUUUUUUUUUAUCUUCAUCUAUUUAAUUUUAAAUGUUUCAUUUUGCUAUUAAUCCCCUAAGGGUGGAUGUGCAUAAGAAUUUAUUUUUGUCAAAUUUACUCCUCUGCCAGAAGCAAAUAUAAUGGAAAGGCAUUUUCAGGAAAGCGGUGGUAACUACAUUGUAUUUCAAAAUUAUGGUGGAUAUGUCAUUUUCAUUGUAAAUUUAUCAUUCAAGGGACAAAAUUAAAGUCAUAUAUUCUUAAAAAAAA